AUGCGAGGAAAAGGGCGAAUAAGCGAGGGUAAAAAAAAAUUCUCGCUUUGUCGACUUCUUGUGGCCCGGAAGUUGAGAUAUUUAAAUGGAUGUUUUCCUGUGAAAGAUUUGAUAAAGACUGUAUACGUUGGAGGAUUUAAUAAUAUAAAUAAUAAAACUCAGAUUAUAGCGGACGUCGAUAUGAACUUUUGUUUAUUUAAAUGUUUCGAAGACAUAACUUGUAAUUAUGUGUUGAUGUGUUCCAGUCCUAUUAAACAAUGUUUUCUUCUUUCUGGUGAUAUUGACGAGCAGCACUCGACUGACGCUGAAUAUGACGACUGCUACAAAAUGAAUAUAGAAAGGUGUUAUAAUUGUGGGAUUUAUUUUAAUAACAUUUGUCAAUGUAUCGGUAAUUAUACUAGUGAUAAAUGUCAAUGUAAUUCCGGGAAUUUGUGGUCACUGAUAUUGUCUGUGCUGUCCAAUAGUUCAGUGGAUUACGGGACAGGACAAGAGCUUUACAACUCGGUUAAUGCUGGUAAUGGUUUAAAAGUUAGUAUUAUCAAUGGAAAUCCAGAAUACACUACUAUCUACAGCAUAGAACACUCUGGUGCUUCGGUAUCAAACAAUAUUUGGGCAAUUACAAUAGAAAAUGUUAAACUCAAUCAUCUGAAUACAACUGAUAGUUUCUUAGCACGGCACAGACUUGAAAUAAGCUCAGCACAACCAUACGCUUCUGAAUGGUCUAUGACUUUCAAUGACAGAAAAGAAAGCGUUGUAUAUUUUGAGAACUUUGCGAUAAAAUGGUUCCAGGAGAAUAAAAUUGGAUCAUCUCCUUGCUUAGAAAUGAAAAAUGGCAAUGUAAUAAUAGGGUCCAUGACUAAUUGUCUAAAAGAUAUAAACAAAGGAGCGGACAUGUAUCUCAAUGAGGAGAAACGCACAAAUACUAAAGCAACAUCGGUUUUGUCUACUGCGACUUAUUUGAUAUUUUUGGACGAUUUUAAUCUAAUUGAGGGUAUUAUGAUUCGUCGUAUGGUAUCUACAUCUGGUUUAAUAGUAUCUGUAUCUCACAUCUUGGAACAAACCUCAACUAACAUUUCAACCAUUGAAACAGGCGGAACAAGGUGGUAUGUUGAAAGUAGACAAACGUGGGAGAAGAUACUGACGUUUGAUGGGUCGAGAGAUGUGGUAUAUGGUUCGAAAGAUCAAGUUUAUGAUGCAGCUGUUAAUGGAUCAGGGUUUAGAAUCGUUAUAGAACACAGUGAAUCUGUUUAUCGAUAUGCUCCCAUAGACAUUGUACAUGUUUAUAACACAACAUUUGUAGUUCUAGAAACAGGAAUAAUAUCAUCUAUUGAGUUUGAUGGUGAUGAAUACAGGUCAUUUCAAUGGGAUGGUUUCUUAUCAACAAAUGGUGUUUAUGAAACAGUGAAGUGGACAACUGGCUCUGAUCUUUUACAAUGUAGAACCAUAGUAAAUUACAAUAGACUUGAUGUAUUUAUUCAGAAUUAA